AUGCGGUUAUAUUUCGCGAUAUUUCUAGCUGCCUACCUCAUCGACUUGGCGCAAUCGGGCCGCGAUUUUUACAAGAUUCUCGGUGUGCCGCGAAACGCGAACGCGAAUCAAAUUAAGAAGGCCUAUCGGAAAUUGGCGAAAGAAUUGCACCCGGAUCGAAAUCCCGACGAUGAGAACGCCAACGAGAAUUUUCAAGAUUUGUCGGCGGCCUAUGAGGUUCUUUCUGAUAAGGAGAAACGCGCCACCUAUGAUCGAUAUGGUGAAGAAGGUGUCGCCAAAAUGGGUGGCGGUGGUGGCGGACACGAUCCAUUCAGCUCGUUCUUUGGCGACUUCUUUGGUGGCGGUGGUGAGCGGGAAGAAGGCACGCCAAGGGGCGCCGAUGUCGUUGUCGAUUUGUUUGUGACGCUUGAAGAGGUCUACGUCGGCCAUUUCGUACAAAUCAAACGGCGAAAAGCGGUGUACAAGCAGACAUCGGGCACACGCGAAUGCAAUUGUCGGCAUGAGAUGAGAACCGAACAAAUGGGAAUGGGAAGGUUUCAAAUGUAUCAGGUCAAAGUGUGCGAUGAGUGCCCGAAUGUGAAGCUUGUGCAAGAGAAAAAAACAUUAGAGGUCGAAAUCGAAGUCGGAGCUGAUGACGGACACACGCAAGUGUUUCACGGUGAAGGCGAACCGCACAUCGAAGGCGAUCCCGGAGAUUUGAAGUUCAAAAUUCGAUUACAAAAACAUCCCAGGUUCGAACGACGCGGUGAUGAUUUGUACACGAAUGUGACGAUAUCGCUUCAAGACGCGCUCAACGGCUUCGAGAUGCACAUUGAGCACCUCGACGGGCACCGUGUUCAGAUUCAACGCGACAAGGUCACGUGGCCCGGCGCGCGGAUUCGCAAGACUGGCGAAGGGAUGCCGUCGCUGGAGGACAACAAUAAGCGAGGCACUCUCAUCGUCACAUUCGACGUGGCGUUCCCGAAGACGGAGUUCGGCGACGAGCAAAAGAAGCAGAUCAUCGAGCUUCUUCAGCAAUCCGACGUCAAACCGAAAAUCUACAACGGACUUUAA